AGAGUUCCAUAAACGUAGAGGGAAAUGCAUUUUAAUUUUUGUAUUGGGUAGGAUCGGAAUUGAGCGCUCGGCAUUAUUUUGGACGACCGACCGGAAGAGGAAAGGCGACGGAUUAGCGGAUCGCCAUCUGUGGAAGUGGGCCACGGAGGGGGGGGGGGGGGCGGCGCAUCCCGGCCGGGUUUGUCGCUCGGACUUGAGCGCGUGAUGCUCGACGCCCACUCUUAACGCGGAACGAUGGUGGACAACCGCUACGCCACAGCGCUGGUGAUCGCCUGCGUGCUCAGCCUCCUGGGCACCGUGUAUCUGUGCGUGGGCGCGGGCACGCAGCACUGGUACCAGUACAGCAGCCCGCCGGUACGCGGCGAGGCCAACGCGUCCGAGCUGCGCGGCCUCUACGACGAGUUCAUGGACGGAGAGUUCGACGAGAAGACGUACAGCGACACUUUGUUCCGCCUCAACGGCAGCGUGGGCCUGUGGUGGCGCUGCGUGCUCGUGCCCGCCGCCCCACCGCCUCACUGGUACACCGAACCAGGGGGCAAGAUGGCGCUGAGGUGCAGGAGCUUCACCGUGCAGCAGCAGCUCACGCCCAAAUACAAGGAACCCGGAAACCACAACAGCGGGGAGGACAUGCUGCGCACAUACUUGUGGCGAUUCCAGUUCCUCCUGCCGCUCGUCGCUUUAGGCCUGGAGGUCUUGGCGGCUCUGGUCGGGUUCUGCGCCUGCCUGUGCAGAAGUUUCGGGCCCACGCUCUCCAUUGGGGUGCUCCACCUGUUAACGGCUCUGUGCUCCUUGGCAACGGUGUGUUGCUACAUGGCGGGGACGGACCUGCUCCACAGGGUCUCGGUGCUCCCCGACAAGGUGGACGGCUCCCUUGGGUGGUCCCUGUAUUUGGCCCUCAUGUCCUCGCCCCUCCACAUGAUGGCGGCCGCGCUGCUGGUGUGGGCGGCGCGCAGCCACGGACGCAACUACUACCGCAUGGCCGCCUACCGCGUAGCCUAACCGACGGGACUCCCCCCCCAGCCCCACAUGCCCGAGUCCAAACGGAGUGCCCCCUUAGUAAUAUUUGGGUGACUACAACAAAAGAUGUUCAGUCAAUUUUUUUUUUUCCUGAGGGGAAAAAAAAAAAAGCCCUAAUGUGAUUUUUUUUUUUUUUCCCCACAUGAAGAUUUAAAGGUUGAAGUUUUAUUCUUCAUCGGGAAUAAAGUCGCAGCGUCGGGAGGGGCGCCGCUCCUCUUGGUGGCGAGCUCGAGUACCCCGUCCUUCUCAUGAUAGGCGCGCUCGUUGAGGAAGAAGGGGGAAAGUGGUUCGCCGCCCUCGGCGCAAGAACGCCUGGAACGUGGGGU